AUGGCAUCAACAGGUCUCCAGCUGCUUGGCUUGGUUUUGGCUGUGCUGGGUUGGUUGUGCGGGGCAUUGGUGUGCGCGGCUCCUCUGUGGCGUGUGUCUGCCUUUGUGGGCGGAGAGCUAGUGAUUGCCCAGGUGUUGUGGGAGGGACUGUGGAUGAACUGCCUGUCUCAGACCACAGGGCAGAUCCAGUGUAAGACCUAUGACUCCACCCUGGCCCUGCCAACGUCUGCCCAAGCUGCCCGGGGCCUCACUGUCCUCUCCCUGCUUCUCUGCCUUCUGGCCUUUAAACUCGGGGUGGUAGGGGCCAAGUGUACUCAUUGCAUGGGUGACGGUAACCAGGCCUCCAAGGCUCGGCUGGCGAGGAUAGCGGGGGUGCUCUUCCUUGUGGCUGGCCUUGCCUACUUGAUACCCAUCUGUUGGACAGCCUAUGCAAUCAUCAGGGACUUCUAUGAUCCAAAUGUUGCAGCACCUCUAAAGAGAGAGCUGGGACCGGCACUGUACCUUGGCUGGGGGGCCAGCCUGCUGCUCCUGGUGGGGGGCUCUCUGCUGCAUGUCGGCUCUUCUCCACCAGGCGGAAGAGCAUUGCCUAUUUUCGGCGGAGCAGUGAAGGACAACCCACGUACAGGGGCAGCAGGGGAGGUGAAGCAACAGGAAAAAUCUUUUGUAUGA